AUGGCUGAUGAGGCACUGUCUGUAACCCAACUCACUGAGGGAACAAAAGGCCACAGAGGUCACGACCCCUCGCAGCUGAGUACAAAGAUAGGAGUUCAGAGAGACAAAGAAAGGGAUGUGGAUAUAAGACCAGCUUCCAUCAUGAAGACGCUAGUGUGUGCUCUUAUUGUGGUGCUUCUCUGCAGUGCCUCAGUGCACUCGCUGACAUGCUACACCUGUGCGGAUGGGGAAUGCAAGACCCCAACUCAAUGCCCAGCCUCAAGCAACUUCUGCAAAACAGUUUCAACAGCCACUGUGUUCAGCCGGACAUGUGAGGAGUUCUGCGUUCCUGGAGUGAACGUCUACUGCUGCACUUCUGAUCUGUGUGACUGAUCUCUCAACGUCAUCGAGUCAUCGAAUCAGUCACUAAUGUUCACUGUAAUAGCGUAGCACAAAAAAUAUCCCUGGGUUACUCUAGGUGUUUCAUUUUUCUAAUGACCUUUUCCCAUCUGAAUCAACAUGGUUUGCUUUACAUAGCACUGCUUAAAGGAAUGUCUAAUAAGCUUGGUUUCUGU